AAUAAGUAGUUCUGUCGUGAGGAUUUGCAGCAGAUUCAUCCAUGAUGGCGGAGGACAGCGAGUCCGCGGCCAGCCAGCAGAGCCUGGAGCUGGACGACCAGGACACCUGCGGCAUCGACGGAGACAACGAGGAGGAAAAUGAGCAUAUGCAGGGGAGUCCUGGGGGUGAUCUCGGUGCAAAGAAGAAAAAGAAGAAACAGAAGAGAAAGAAGGAGAAGCCAAGCUCAGGAGGAACCAAGUCUGACUCUGCCUCUGAUUCUCAGGAGAUCAAGAACCCUGCCAUUCCCAUGCAGAAACUGCAGGACAUUCAGAGAGCAAUGGAGCUCCUGUCCACCUGUCAAGGUCCAGCCAAAAACAUAGACGAGGCCACAAAGCACAAGUACCAGUUCUGGGACACUCAACCCGUGCCCAAACUCAAUGAGGUGGUGACUUCUCAUGGACCAAUUGAGCCAGAUAAAGAAAAUAUCAGACAAGAGCCAUAUUCCCUCCCACAGGGCUUUAUGUGGGACACACUGGACCUUAGCAAUGCUGAAGUGCUAAAGGAAUUAUACACUUUGCUGAAUGAAAAUUAUGUUGAGGAUGAUGACAACAUGUUUAGAUUUGACUAUUCUCCUAACUUUCUGAAAUGGGCGUUACGUCCGCCGGGUUGGCUGCCCCAGUGGCACUGUGGUGUCAGAGUCUCAUCCAAUAAGAAGCUAGUCGGGUUCAUCAGUGCCAUUCCUGCAGACAUCCACAUCUAUGACACGUUGAAGAGGAUGGUGGAGAUUAACUUCCUGUGUGUGCAUAAAAAAUUGCGCUCAAAGCGUGUCGCUCCUGUACUAAUCCGAGAGAUCACGCGGCGGGUCAAUUUAGAGGGAAUUUUCCAAGCUGUGUACACUGCUGGUGUUGUUUUGCCCAAACCUGUUUCUACAUGCAGAUACUGGCAUCGCUCUCUCAACCCCAGGAAGCUUGUGGAGGUGAAGUUUUCCCACCUCAGCAGAAACAUGACACUACAACGGACAAUGAAGCUCUACAGAUUACCUGAUAGCACUCGUACCCCUGGUUUGAGGUCGAUGGGAGAGGGGGAUUUGAAGCAGGUGACCGCAUUGCUGCAGAAAUACCUGAGCCGGUUCCACUUGGGCCCUGUCAUGGGGGAAGAGGAAGUGAAGCAUUGGUUCCUACCGCAGGAGAACAUCAUUGACACUUAUGUAGUCGAGGGAUCUGAUGGGAUGCUAACAGACUUCAUCAGUUUUUACACCCUGCCAUCUACAGUGAUGCAUCAUCCACUGCACAAAAGUCUGAAGGCCGCAUAUUCCUUUUACAAUGUCCAUACAGAGACGCCGCUCAUAGACCUGAUGAAUGAUGCUCUUAUCCUAGCCAAACUGAAAGGUUUUGAUGUUUUUAAUGCGCUGGAUCUAAUGGACAAUAAGACUUUCUUGGAAAAGCUCAAGUUUGGGAUUGGUGAUGGUAACCUGCAGUAUUACCUGUACAAUUGGAAAUGCCCUCCCAUGGAUCCAGAGAAAGUUGGCCUUGUUUUACAGUAACUGGCUGCUUCGCAUUGGAUGCUGAUUCAGAGGUCCAUCUCGAAUUCUCAGACUUGGACGUAGUCUAUAUAAAGAGGAAAAACUGACAUCCAUUCAAAGUGAAUGAGUUAUGUUGUGCAGCUCUCUUAGGUCUUGUUCCAGUUACUGAGGGGUCUCCCCUCCUUUCUCUUUGUCUUUGACUCUCUUUCUGAGAAUGUGAGAAACAUUUAUCAAGGUCAAACACAUCCACAAGCUGUAUACACAAACACACGCAUACAUGUAGUGUUCGUUUAUUUUCCUUAACAUACAAUCUGUAUCCUCUCGCAGAACAUGUUUAAUCCCAUGGUUUUUGUCUUUUUGUUCAUUUUUGUAUCAUGAAGGAGUGUUGAUAGAUUUGUGUGAAUUAGCAAGCUGUACAUUUAAUGCCAGAUAUUUAUUAUGUGUUGUGAGGUUUACAACGGAACAGGAACGGGAGUCGAAAUCCAAAGUCUUUUCUAUGGAGCUGCCUUUGAAGUCAUAUACCGUUCGUAUAUGUUCCUGCUGUCUGUAGGAGGGGGGAGCGUAAAUGGUUACACAUGUGAAAGAAUGUAUUGCAUUUCGAAGCACAACGUUAAUUUGUUUAUAAAACGGCCAGUUUGUUCUGAGGUGCAUUUUUUUAUUUAGGUUUUGUGUGUCCAAAAGAAACAUUUAGAAUUUUCAAUGUGAAUUUAUUUACAUUUCAUUUUAUGAAGGCAUGAUUGUCACAUCUUUUGUAGCUUUUCCCGCACAUUUCUGUUCUUUACCAUCUAAGUGUUUUUAAAUUAUAAUUUUAGUUAAACAAUUCUGAUAUUUAGAAUUGUAUUUAAGCUACAUGUUCCAUUUUAUUGUUGAUUCUUUUUUUUAUGCUGUCAGUAUUCUUUGCAGUGAAACCAUAACCUCAUUCAAGUGGUGCAUUUGCAAUCAGGCCCUGGUAAUUUUGCUAUACUUAAGCACAAGGAGUUUUUGCUCACUGUUCAGUUACAAUCACUGGUGGGACGUAAUGAAAUGUGAACAAUAUUAUUACAUUGCAGGAGUUGUUUUGUGUUGCUACAGCUUAUUUUGUCAUGGUUUGCUUUAAUGUAUCUAAAAUCUACAAUAUGCUUUUAAACAAGCGCACGUUCAGACAUGCUUAAAAGAAAGGUACUUCUCUCCAAGUCACACAUUUUAUCUGGUGGUUUCAUUCAAUAACAUUCAGGGCACUUUUGUGUACGUUUUUUUUUUUUUUUUUUUUUAAGGCUUGCUGUAUGAAAUAAGCAUGAAACUUCCUCCCCUGUAUGGAUUAAAACUUAUGGGUUAAGGCGAGAACACCCAAAGUAAUUGCCUUUUUUUCGGAGAGGUUGUUUUUUAAAUGUCAAAUUGUGUAGUUUUAAAUGAUCGGGUUUCUCUUUCUGAAGACAGUAUUUUUAUUGAACUUCAUUGCAGGUUGGAACUAAUGGGAUUACGUACCAGCACCAUGUCAAACAUGACAGUCCACCCAAAUAAUUACUUGUCAAAAAUAUACAUCAAGGUAUACCAGCAUGGAUAUUUGACUGAAUAAAAGCAUCCAAAAACAA